AUGGAAAAGCCACUUGAUUGGUACACUGAAGCAAAGUCUGUGAUUGAGAGCGAGUUAUCCCUGUUGAAUCACAUUAGUAUAUCGCCCUUGAUAGUUACUGACGGUGUAUACUUGAAUAUUGAAACACUUGAAAAUCAACAGUUUUGUGUGCUCUUGAACAAACAAGGAUUCCGAGUUGUCGCCAAAGCUUUUGAUCAAGACACUAAUAACUCGCAACUCUGUUACGAAACUCACUUUGCGCUAUUGUCUAAUAUCAGCAAAGGCUAUUGUCAACGAUUCAAUGAGUUAGUAGCUGUUAAAUUGAAUGAAGUAGCUGGGUCAUGCAAAGAUAAAGAUAAUCAAAUAGAAAAAUCUUAA